GUUUUGGUUAACGGCCGCACCGGUUUUUGACAACCAGCAGUGUACUCUUAGCUCACUUGUCUACCUUGUUUCAAACAGAAUCAUUUUCGAUUGAUGUAAACGGCAUCCCUUUGUUUUGGCAGAAUUUAAAAGUUACGCUUAUAUAGAAACCUAACCGUAUGGUGUGCUACUUUUCUACUAUGUGAUAUAAUUAGCGAACUUGUCAGAAGUAUUUUUACGUCUUUUAGUACGAGAGCCUGUCCAAUUCCUCCACGAUCAUGCCUAUUCAGCUGACUAGUCAAGCUUACUGUAAAAUGCUACUCCACGCCGCCAAGUAUCCGCACAGCGCCGUCAACGGGUUGUUGGUUGCAGAAAAAGACAAAGAGAGAAAGAAAGACAGUUGCCAAGAUCCACUCUUGUGUGUGGACUGCGUGCCACUCUUCCAUGGCACUCUGGCUCUUGCACCAAUGCUAGAAGUUGCUUUAACACUGAUUGACACUUGGUGUAAAGAAAACAAUUAUGUCAUCGUCGGAUACUAUCAAGCAAAUGAACGCACAAAGGAUUCAAGACCCAACCAAGUUGCGGAAAAAGUGGCAGCAAGGAUUUCGGAAUGCUUCAGUGAAGCUGCAAUUGUUAUGGUGGACAGCAGCAGAUUAAAAAUGAGCUGCCGUGAGCCCAUUGUGCUCAUUUAUGAUCUUCAUGAAAAUAAGUGGAAAAGUAGGGAUGUCAAUAUCGACUCCUUCGAGGACUGGAGCGAAGCGCAAAAGAUCACGUCAGCUCUUCUAGAGGGAAGGUCCUACGAGAACUUGAUUGACUUUGACAAUCAUUUGGACGACCUCAGGAACGACUGGACCAACCCGGUCAUUAACAAGUCUGUCCUGGACUUGUGUUGAGACCGUCGGCCGUGCAGUCUUAACAAGCGCAUGGAGAUGGCUGCCAUUGCUACUUGUGGCACAGGAGCACACGAUGCUCAACCCAGUCCCGGUUCCACUUGAGGUUUUGGUACUGUCCAGAAUAUGUGGAAGACCAACCUUUUAUUAGACCAACCGAUCUCAAGGGCAAGCACCUGAUUGUGCACUUUGCGCAGGCAUUGCAGACAUAAUGUGGCUCAAUGCAUUUUUUGUAGAAUGAGAAUGAUGUGUCUUUAUUCAUAGUGCUGAAAUUAUUAAUUAAACUUAGAAAAUAUUUGAUCGCGUUUGUUCUUCUGAAGUAGCCAUACUGAGGUAAAAUCCCCAAUACAGCGGUGCCUCAACAUACGAAUUUAAUUUCUUCGGUGACGCAAAACAUUUGUACUCAAAUCAUCUUUAACUAUUGAAAUGAAUGUAAAUGUUAUUACUAAUCUAUUUCAGAAAAGAAGGUCUUUUAAAUGAGAAAAAUAGCAACUCAAUAAUUUACUUGAUACAAUAAACAACCGUGAGAUAAUUCAA